CGAAUGUCCGUGGGAAAAUAAGGUUGGCCAUGGGGUUAUUUGGCGCAUUGUGCGAUGUUUGACGGUGAUGGAUGCGUUGGAAUGGUGAGAAAUCAUGUUUUCAUACGGGAACCAUUCUCGAUUCAAGUGCAGCCCCGCCGUACACGGGUGCUUCCUGGAUGUAAAUACUGAAGCGAGGUUUUCGACGGAAGUAUUAUCGUGUCAGAUUCUGUUUUUUGAAAUGACUGGCUGAAGAUAUUGGUGAAAGCUGCGACCACUCAUGGGGAAAAUCGAUUCACCAAUCCAGCUGACACCCUUGAAUGCGGGCGAGGGAAAUCCUGAACCAAAUCAGCCUGUUCUGAAAACGCGCUCAGGACGAAUAUGCCAUUUAUCCAAGAAGGUUAAACAGAAUCUUGAUUCUAUAAGGCCUAUUGUCAAAACUGAUAAGCGUCGAAGAAUCAAAUGCGUCAAGUGCGAAGAAAGAUUUGUUGGUAUAAAGAAUCUCUGGCGGCAUUUAGUUUUGAACCCAGAUCAUGGUUCUUUGCCCGAUAACGGCGAACAGUUGGAUAACGUCUUGAAUUUGGCUGCAAAAUUUCCAAAGGAAUCGACAAAAAUCCGCAAACCAAUCGCGCCACCCGAUCCCACGGUCAACAAAAUCAGGAAUUUCGAUAGUUUGGAGCAUUUUGUCAACAAAAAGGAGGCUAUACCGAUGGAUGCCUAUAAUUGUGCUGUUCGAGCGUGUUCUCCCUGUGCAGAGCCGAUCCCCAUUAAAGAAGAGGUGCGUGUGGAAACGUCGAAGCAAGCAUUCCUACGGAAGUGUCAAGAUCUUAGUCUAGGUGAACUAUUCGUCGCCCGUACGGAAUCUAAUCACAACGAGGCGGGAUCAAUGUCCACUCUGUCAUCUGCCUAUGGACGUCGUUUUCUGGCGAUGCUCAAGGAUCUGGAGCAUUUAGUAGAUGCGUUGAAGUAUGCCGCCGAGCUUUCAUUUGUUCUGGAGGAACGUAAAUUGGCGGAAGGUGUCUUAGAGGUGAAGGGAACACUCUCAGAUAUUCUAGCGAUAGCUGAAGGGUAUUAUAAACCUGUUUGCGAUAUGAAAGAAAUAAUGCAACUUGUUAGAGAAAAGCUGAAAGCGAAUACUGAACUGCAUCAGUCAAAAUUUUUGUUACUUAAUUCAAAGAAGCCGAAAAAACCUCUUGAUUUGCCGCCUGUGAAGCCUAGCAAAGGUUUAAAAGGUCCAAGAUUGAAAAAGCAGUCAGAAAAGCAAGAAUUUUUGAGUCCUGUGGAUCCUGAAAGGCGAUUUAAAACGUCUGUAAGAGUAGUUGACUCGAAAAGUCUUGUGAAACAGACCAGAGCGCACGAGAAAAAUACUAAGCCGCAAUCCCUCGGCCAAAGACGGCAACAGUCCGUGGAAACUGCUCCGAGUAUGCCCAUCCUUUCAGCCGCAUCACCGGUAAUGCAGACCCCAUCUCAGGCGCUGGAGCUCACCAUUGACGCUGUAAUUCAUACCGUCGGUGUGGCUAAUGACCAAGCCCCGAAUGUCAUGAUGUAUUGCAACGAUCCGAACUUCGUGCCUUGUGCGAAGCUCGAAGCUGCAUCGGAAAGUUCUUUGCAACUGCCUUUAUUCUCGGACGAUGCUCACGUACCGACUGAGUCUCUCUCUCCUUCGCUGAAACUCGCCGACGAAUCCGUUACGAAAGAUGCUUUGAGUAUUCUUUCUGAAGACAUCAAUGAAGCGUCGAACUCCUCGGAUAUUGGCAGUGUUCUAAUUCCAGUUUCAGCUAAAAAUGAGAUGCCAACAUUUCACCCGAACGGAACUACGUUCAAUGUGGAUUUUGAGCCGAUGCCUGUAGUGAGCAUGAGUCCGGAUGAGUUCAUCUCGCCGUCGCAAGAAGGUAUUCUUCUCGCGAAACGGCAUCGAACACCGUCCAAGAAUAGCUUUUCGGUGUUGAAAGCCACUAAUCAGAAGGCGUUAAAACGAGACUGGCGACCAAAGGAUGACUGCAAUGCCACGACAAUCGCGUCUGUGUUCAACGGGAGUAAACUUUUGAAGCAAAAUAUGAACGAGCUUGGUAGACACCCUUCUCCGAUAGUGAGCAGUAAUGCUUCAAGUCGCUCGGUUCCUGAGCACUGCGAAAAUCUUUUCUUGUCGUUGGAUUCGAACUACGACAACGUGCCUGUGGAAAUGUUCAACUCGGAUCCGUUCCUCAAUCCGAAUUUCCUUACUUGCCAAGAUGUGAGCGAAGACUCCGGAAUGCCGCGAUUUUUGGAGCCGUCUUCGUCUCCUUCGCGGAAACGUCUCCAUUUGUCUCAACAAGACGAAUCUGUGUGUGAAUCAAAAGUGCAGUGUGUAACGUCAAUCCCGCGUAUGUACCAACCGACACGGUCACCGGAUCGCUUUUCUAUUCCCCCGUUGCAUUUGCUGAGUCCCAAGUACCGCAUGACGUUGGCUUCUGGCAACACAGCCUGCACAAUCGUGGACUCGAGUCAGAAGCCCAUUUCCCAGUGCAUAUCCCCGCAGUUGUUCGGUAUGACGUAUUCUCCGUUGCCGUCUCCUGUGCAAAGCAAAAUUCAGCGAAAAGACGGCGAAGAGAGCGAGAUUGACGACGAUGAGAGGGAAACUGACCCGCAUGGCGUCGACUCCGAUUUGGAAUCUGUGACGAAUGCUUAUGUGGAGGGACGACUUGUCGCUAGACCUCCGGAUGCUCACUCGGACAGCUCAAAUUGCUCGGUGGUGGACUUCGAAAAGCUGAUGCGUGACAUAGAUAUACCUGUGGACUUGAACUACGUGCCUCCCGCGGUGACGUCUGAGUUCUCUCCGAUGGCCUUGCCGUCGCCGUCUUCGUUUCAAACUCCGCCGCGAGAUCCUGUUUUUCAUUGA